CCGUCCCCCUGCGUGUCACCGGCUCAAACAUGGCCGCCAGGUUCCUCCUUCAGAGAUCAACACAGAGACUUCUGCUCUCCUCCAGAUCUGUACCCGCUUUCUCCAGCCCAUUUCUCUGCCGAGCUCACAGUUUAGGGCCAAGUGACGAUGAGACGUACCAGCGGACCACCGUGUCCAUCAUGAAGAGGGAGGCCAACAACGGGAUCAUGAUACACAGCUACAGUCCUAUGGGAUUCAACAUCGAUGGAAACCGGGUGUUUGGGCCCUGCGCUCUGAUACCUCCUGCCAUCCUUCAGUGGAGCGUUGGAAGUUCUGAAGACAUCACAGAGGAAAGCAUCUCUCUCUUCCACAUGCUUGAACCACCUAUAGAGAUUCUUGUGCUGGGCACAGGGUCAAGGGUCGAACGACUUAACCCCUCAGUUCUCGCACUCUUGAAGCGGAAACGCAUCGCUUUGGAGGUGCAGGACACGCCGAAUGCCUGUGCAACAUUUAACUUUCUGAACAGCGAGCGGCGGCUGGUGGCCGCUGGUCUGAUUCCUCCCUCUUACAGCAGAGCUCUAGAAGUGAAACAGGAUGAAAGUGGGGACUCAAAGUGAGAGUGUAAAUGGUCAUUUAAAGACGAGGUUCACAUUCAAGUGGGAGGAUCGCCCUUCUUCUGCAAAGAGGCUUCAGAGUAAAAUAGCAAACUGAUCCAGCUAUUGUGUUUCUGCAAACAUCGGGGUAAAUCAGUCUGAAGCAGGCUCAGUCUCAGGCAUUUUUAUCAAAGCUUUGAGCCACUUUGAGAAAAUUUGAAACAAAGUUGUGGCAAUUUUUCAUUGUCACAUUGUGGUUUAAAAGUAAAAACAACUUUCAGUCAUAAAUGAACAAGUUGAGUUGAGUAAAUCUGUAUUCUGCUGUAUAAAGUCGUUGUAUAGACUGAUUAUAAAUACAUUUGUUAAAUACCA